AUGUGUAUGAAGGCUACUUGCUCGUCCUGCAACAAGGCCACCUGGUGGGGCUGUGGUAGCCACAUCCCUUCGGUCAUGGACUCAAUCCCCACAGGUGACUGGUGUACCUGCACGCCUCAGGUCGAGAAGGAUGGAAAGAAGUACCCUCCCAAGGCCGCCAAGGCCGGUUGA